UGCAGGUGUCCUGUGCUCCGUUGCGAUUCCUUCGAAAGACUUCUGCUCGUCUUUGCUCUGCAAGCAAAUGGCUCGCUGCACCUUCACCCUGGUCCUUCUCCUGUUGGCCAUUUGCACCCGUUGCGGUCUGGCCCUGGCUUUGCCGGAUGAGGAGCGUUAUGUGCGCAAGGAAUACAACCGGGAUCUACUGGACUGGUUCAACAAUGUGGGUCAGUUCACCCCCGGACAGGUGGCAACUCUCUGUCGGUAUCCUUUAAUCCUGGAGAACUCCCUAAACGGACCCAUGCCCAUCAGGAAACGCAAUUCCGAACUCAUCAAUUCGCUGUUGAGUUUGCCCAAGAAUAUGAACGAUGCCGGAAAGUAGGGAUAAUGGCACUGGAGUACGACUGCAUUGGUGUGACCCACUUUGGAACCUUGGAACCUGGAUAUGGAAUUUAUUAUUUUACGUUAUAAUUAUUUCGUGAGAAAGAAAAUUGAAAAUCCGCAGGAAUGAGUUGGAAUAGUCUUGUAAAUGAGAGUAAAGACCGCAUAUACAUUUGUUGCUUUGAAAGUUCUAUAGAAAAAUAUACGAAUCGCUAGUUUAAUU